AAACAGAAGAAGAAGGGUCAUUGGCUCUGAGGAGUUGAUGACGGCGAGAGCGCACUCUUCUCCAGGAGCGCAUUUUUAGCCUUUAUUUGUCUGACUAACGCUCUGCAUCUCCGUCCUGUGGGAUGACAUUACAGUGCAAGGACUGAGAUUCGCAUUUAUGCGGUCACUUUGUUUGCUGAUAUUUAUUUUUGCUUAAUUUUGGAGGCGGAGAGCGCGUUUACUGUCCAGGAGCGCGCGGCGUGGCACACGCUGGAACAAAAAAACAGCUCAGUGCAGCGCAGGCAGGUUUCCCUUUUAAAAGCAGCAGGACAGGCAGGAGAGUUACGGAGUCUUCUCGGGGGAGCGGUGUCUGUGCGUGACAGAGACGGACUCUAAAAGAAGACGAAGAAGAAGAAAAAAAUCGGGAUACUGAGAAGAAAUCGGCAGCGGGAACUUGGAUAUGGCGCCUGUGAAGACGUUCGACCUUUUUGUUGGAGUUGUUUUAGUUUUGCAGUGUGUGUGGAAUGUGCAAGCCGAGAUCACAGCCAGUAACGGGGUCCCAUACUCAUACGUGCAGGAGCAGGCGAGAGAUGAGGAUACAGCUGUUGACGUGAAGCUUUACAGUCACCGGUGGAGGAGAUGGCUCCCCCCAAAGCCUCGUAACAUGGACAGUAACAGAGCCAGUCAGGAGCAGGACCAGGAGCGUGAACAGGAGGAGCCUGAAGGCUUCCCAGGCCUGGUUUCAGCAGAGGAAGCAGACAACAGCUCCCAGAUAGAGGAGGAUACACAUCACAACUACUACACAUCAAAAACGUACGGCCCUUCAGAUCCGAUGAGCAAGGGCUUGUGGGUAAAUAUCGACCAGAUGGACAAGGACAAAGUGAAGAUCCACGGCAUUCUGUCCAACACACACAGACAAGCUGCGAGAGUUAAUCUGUCCUUCGAUUUUCCUUUUUACGGACAUUACCUGCGUGAAAUCACAGUGGCGACCGGUGGGUUCAUCUACACUGGUGACGUGGUCCACCGGAUGCUAACAGCUACACAGUACAUUGCUCCGCUAAUGGCUAACUUUGACCCAAGUCUCUCCAGAAACUCUACUGUCAUCUACUCUGACAACGGAACUGCUCUGGUUGUGCAGUGGGACCACGUCCACCUGCAGGACAACUACAGCCUGGGAAGUUUCACUUUCCAGGCCACAUUGCACAAGACUGGUAGGAUCGUCUUCGCCUACAAAGAGAUCCCCGUUGAGGUGUCACAGAUCAGCUCUGUCAAUCACCCGGUGAAAGUUGGCCUGUCUGACGCCUUUGUGUUGGUCCACAAGAUCCAGCAGAUACCCAAUGUGAGGCGGAGGACGAUCUAUGAGUACCACCGUGUGGAGCUGACUAAGACAAAGAUCACCAACUCUACAGCUGUGGAAAUGAUGCCUUUACCCACCUGCUUGCAGUUCACCAGCUGUAGCUCCUGCAUCUCCUCACAGAUCAGCUUCAACUGUAGCUGGUGCCAUCGGCUCAACAGAUGUUCCACUGGCUUUGACCGCCAUCACCAGGACUGGAUGGACAGUAGCUGCCCAGAUGAGACCAAGGACAAGAUGUGUGACAUCGCAGACACUACGUACCUUUACCCUUUCACCACCACGGUUGCUGCCAAAACAACACCCAAGGGGAAGGAGGCCACUGCAGGCAGGGAAACACCCUCCACCUCCCACCCCCCCACCAGCGUCCCCACUGAAGAUGACACCAAGAUCGCUCUGCAUCUCAGAGACAACCAGGUGAUGCCAGCUGACAGUGCUGUAGACCGGGUGAAAGGCACUCAUCCUCUUCACACUGGUUUGAUCCUGGGCAUCUUGCUGGUGAUGCUUAUCAUGAUUGCAGGCGUGCUGAUCACAGUCUACAUCUACCAUCACCCGACCUCUGCAGCCAGCCUCUUCCUUAUCGAGAGACGUCCGAGCAGGUGGCCUGCCAUGAAGUUUCGCAGGGGGUCGGGUCACCCAGCCUACGCGGAGGUGGAGCCAGUGGGCCAGGAGAAGGAGGGCUUCAUCGAGUCCGAGCAGUGCUGAGGGAGGAGGGGGCAUCCACAUCCCUCCCUCCCCUCCGCAGCCUCCCUCCUGUGCUAGCCCUCCUCUCUCCUGCUCCACGGGCACUUCUCACCUGGAACCUCCAGGAUGCGCUUAUCGGUGGAGGAGCUCAGUGUACACAAUGACUCGUUAAGACUGUACAAUUGGCCCAUUGAGCGCUAGAUGAGACUGGAUACAGUGACCGAUGACAUGAGAAAGUGAGACACCCCUGAAGACUAUCCCCAGACAUACCCACUGUUCAGCUCCCGUUAGCAAGGAGCUGAGCUGCCGGGGGGCAGAGGGAGGGAACAGCGCAGACGUCAUCGACUCUGCAUUCGUUGAGAGUUUUUUACGACUGCUAUCGCGUUGCCAUGGUGGGACUGUACAGCUUGACUGAUAGCCGUGUGUCUGGUUGGGUUGGGGAGCAGGGUGAAUUAUACAAUAUAUAUUUUCAGGAUCAAUACAGAGUGUGUGAACGAAGAUGUCCACUUUAUUGUCCAUGGGGGUUACACAUUAUAGGCCUUUGUAUAUCCAUCAGGUUUUUCCUUCUUUUCCUUUUCCUUUCUCUAUGUUUUCACAGGGGUUGGCGCAUUUAUCUGUACAGACCGUCGGUAUUGCUUUUCAAUACCUUAGCAGGCUUAAAUGACUUUUCCACAGUCCACUCUGCACAGAGAGGCUGUGACUGCGUGAUAUGACGCGAGCUGAACUCGAUCGAUCACAGCUGGGAGUAAAGCUCUGAACAUUCGGCAUCGGUGUUGAAUUAGUUUGUGAUUUUUGGGGGCUGGUUUCAUUUUGUGAAAAUGAAGUGUAAGGUGGGGUUUUUUUGUUGUUGUUUUUUUUAAUGGGUGAUGGACACUAUCCUGCCCUUUUGCAUUGAUUUCUUUACUGCCGUGCCAUUUCGUCCCUGAGUAGAGUUUGCACUUCUUUUUUGUUUCUCAUUCGACAUGUGGUACUAAUGCAAAAUUACAAGACAGGCGCUUGUGAGUGUGAAUAUAUUUUCUGGAGUGUAAGUGAUUCUCGUGUGUGAAUACAGAAGACAGUUUACAGUAGUGAUUGGAUAUCCACCUGCUAUAUGGGUGCAUAUAUUUGAGCUGGCUCUUAUUGAUCUUACUUAGAAGUAUCUGGAUACAGUUUGCGUGAGCCAGAAAACACACUGGUCUGGUUGGAGAUUUGAUUCAUUUUUAUAGUGUCGGUUUAUUUUCCAGUUGUUGCCAAGCGUAACCAGUUCUGUGUCCACAUUUGAUAGCUGUCAUGUCACCGUAGUAAUGUAUAUACCAAGGCCAAAACAUUUGCAGAUUCAGGUAAUUCAUGGCAAACAUUUGCAGUAUAGCAGUGAUGAGAAUCUUCUUUUCUUAUUUUUUAUGAGUGGCCUUUUUUUCUCUACUUUUUUACUUAAAUGUGAAUAUUGUUCUAGUCAUUGCUGUCACAACAAUUCACUCAUUUCAAGAGAAAAUCACGUUUUACACCAAUGAUUGUAGACUCAUUUAAACAAACUAGAGCUCAAAAUCCUGGAGUUUUACUGAAUAAUAAAAUGUGCAAUAUUACAUCCGUUAAUUUCUAUGAUGAAAACGCAUAAGAACUCCAAUCAUCUGAAUUCUUUUUAUUUACACUUUGUUGACAUUGAGACCAAAGACUAAUCAGAAUUUCAAUGUAUUUACCUCAACCUCCCCCCACAGACUCCAUACCUCUCAUUAGGCAGGAUAUGCAGGUUUAGUUGGUUAAAGCACAGACUGUACACAAAAGAUGGAAGUAGCCACUGUGACAUCACUCAUUGGUUAGCAAAUUCCUGAUCAUAUGCCUCAACCCUCAAUUUAAAAAAAAUAUUAUGUCAUUCUAUAUUCAGGUGGCUCCAUGGUGUAGCGAUUAAACAAGCCUUAUAUAUGAAAAACUAGCCAGUUCAAGAGGGGAGGAGCCAUUAAAUCCACCUCCAGGGUUUAAAAGCUACUGUAUUCCUUGCGUUGGCCCCAAACCUGGAUAAAUGAGAAGGUUGCAUCAGGACAAGCAUCCGGCCAAAUCAAAUAUGCGGAUCUACCUUGGAAAUGAGGGAACAGCAGUAGUACUUAAUUAUGUUAUAUUCAGUAAGAUUUGAAACUAUCAGCUAAGGCCAUGAACUGAUCAGAAAAAAGUUUGAGGUAAGAGAUCAACGGCGCCCAAGGGGAGUUUCCCGUAGACCUCUAAAUAUGAAGGUUGUGUUUUCCAAGCAGAGGAGUCGACCCCUGCUGGACAUUUAAAGAAAUUGCAGGUUUUCGCUCCAAACUGAUGUCACUUUUCAAACCAGGAAGCUACAUCCAUCCUUUGUGUACAGUCUAUGGAUUGAAGUGACACUGUGCAAGCAUUUUUGAUGUCAUAAAAAUUAGACAUCCCUGAUUAGCAUUUGCUAAAUCCUUCCCACCAUCAACGACUGUCCAGUAACUUUUUACAAUUCCAGGCACAGUAAAGCUUAAGCUUUGCAUUAUCAAUACAUUUAAAGAGUUCUACUGCCAGUGUCUCUUAGUAGCCUUUCUAUGAAUAACCAGAAUUACAAGAGGUAAAAUGUCAGUCAUUAGAAAUUAACAGUAUGCCUAUCUAACUAAUCUACUAAUUUCAAGUUUGCAUCAUCAGCUAACAAACGAGUCCUGGAAGAAGAGUUUAGGCUCGAUAUCGAUAUAUAUCAACAACUCCAGUCAGCACAGUGAUACCUGAGAUAGUGUUAUACAUUCACUCACUUCAAACAAACAAGGCAGUCUGCUAGUACCAGCAUAGUCACAACGUGUAAGCAGGUACACAACUAAAAAUACAACUACAACAGUAGUAAGCGCAUUUAAGCAACCAACCUUUGGGUUUUAGUUGCUUUGUUCAUUUUAGAGGAACCAGUACUUUGCCUGUUUGGUUAAAGUACAUGUUAAUCUACACGGAAAGCAUAGGGGCCUGUUUCGAAUCAAUACAUUCGCUUAUAUUUUAUAACAUGUGUGUUGGGAAUAUUUUAAUUCAUUGAACUUAUAUUAGCAAAGUUUUUCCUGUCAUUCUGAAAUUGGUUGUAUUGGGUUUUUUAAACAAUACUAAAGUCGCAGGUGGUGAAGUUGCCACCACGUUGUCCUGUGUCCUUGGAAAGAACACAUUCAAGUCCCACUAGGUGAGCGAAGUGAACAGAAUCACUUCCUAAAAAAUCUUUUUAAAUUAUUCCGUUUAGUUAAGGUCUUAGUUACAAGCAAGUUUCAAGCACAUGUACGGAGUGGGCAGUUCAAGUCGCGCGCUCACAUGGAGGCAAAUCUCUUCUCCAAGUAGUUUGGACAAGACAAUCAAUGGACUAAUUCAUCAAGCUGAUGCGAAGCCACAUGAGCAGAAAUCAUGCAGCGUUACUCUGGCCCCAUUUAAGUAAAAAAUAAGAAAACUCUACUGUCCGUGUUAAGUGAUGUCAGGUGAACGUCGGCUCUGAUUAAUAGACUCCGACUGUUAAAAUCAGGCCAAGCAAAUUCGAGCCCGAUGAUGAAGUUCAACUUAAAAGACUUUAAAAGUCAUUUUCACUAUCAAGCAAAGAAAAGUUUAAACUGCCAAAUUAGCAUCACCCAGAUUUGUCCUUGGGGUUUUGUGUGAAGUAACACUUGUUUAAUACUUUACUUUAGUGUGUUCAGAAAGAUAUGAUUUUCGAAGAGUCACACAAGGCAUAAAAUCUUAACUAUAUGAACUACAUCGUGGUCACAUGACUUUAACUUUAUGACUACUAAAUUUAGCCACUUGUUAUCAAACUCCUUAUUCGGGACUCACAAAAGCUGAAAAAUUCCACAGCUGGGAACGUCCUUAUGUUGUUAACCAAUGAAGACAUCCUAAAUAAUCCUUCCUUGUUGUGUUUAAAAUGAUCAUAAUUUACAAUAUGGAAUUUAUGUCCUAUUAUCUGAAACUACCAACUGAGCAAAUAAAGUCAUUAAUUUACUUAGUGUAGAGCUUUAAACAUGGCCAUGCGGCCCCUUGUAAAUAAGGGAGCAGCUGAAAGUAAAUUGUAUACUGAGGUCACAAAGCAAGGGAGGUGAGGGUAGUUUCACUAUAAACUUCUUUAUAACCAGAGGAGUCUCCACUUGCAGGACAUUUAAAAAAAAAAAAAUAGGUUCAAGGUACAGUCUGCGUCACUUUACAGAGCUAGAAGCUAUGUCUGCCUUUUAUAUUGUCUACGGCUCUGAGUCAUGUUAGGCUUUGUCACUCUAUACACUAGUCAUUCAGUCAGUGGAGCUAUGCAGCUGGGUCGUGGUUCGUGACAUGCAUCACAACAGUAUUUCUCUAACAAUUGUGAGCCAAUGGCUUCUCCACACCUCCAGGUCCAUUUUUUGUUUUUUAGUACCGGUAGAUCGAUCCCUGUGGAGAAAUGCUCUUUGAAAGUGAUCAAAUCAUCCACUUAUCAUACAGUGCCACCUGAAACUGCAAGUGUUUUUACGACUGCUGUGAAAAUGCAGUCCGAGAACGUGGCCGGAGGUCACAUUUGUUUGCACUGAACACAUUUACAAAAGCUGAAAACACUUCAGUCGCGCAGCAUUGCCAGAUGGAAAAAAUGUUAUCCUAGAGGCUUACAGUUAUUAAAUUUUGAGGAGCACUAUUGUACACAAGUCAGAUCGGUAAAAAAACAAUGUCAUGAGAGAAGAUGUGUGCAGGCACAGGUGUAAGCUGUAGUCCAUCGUCCUAAAAUGAGGCAGCCUCGGCUUAUUUCAACUACUAUGUGUUGUAAAAUAAUGAGAUUGUGAAAUAUUAUGAGACAUUUGCCACACAAGUACAAUAAUUAUCACGCUCUGGCAAUGCUCUGAUAGUGGAAACUGGGCUUUCUAGCAGCAAAGUCUUCACUUGCUUCACUGGACCUGACUAAUGGCUUUCACUCCCACUUUUAACAAACGCAGCACAGUUGUGUCAUUGGGAUUGGUUACUGCUGUUUUCUUUGCUCUCUUAUGAGUUGGAUUAAAUGAUGCUGAGUCACAGAUUCAGCAAAUGUUCCAGGAGCUCAACAUACAGAUACAAGAAUUGGAGUUUUCUUCCAGCUGUGAUGUUGGUUUUAUCUUAUCAUGACACUUUCAUAGCAAACAAUAAGACUCGAAAUCAUAAAGUAUCAUAGCUGUCUGUAAUUUCUGUAACUACUGUCGUUUUGAUUACAUUUGAAAUAAUAAAAA